ACACGGACGGUAUAGAUGCAAUGUCCAAUAGAUCAUGGCUGCUUUAAAUACAAACAUCAUGUUCGGCGUCUCCUGCCUUCUUGCGAAAACCCUAGAAGAGCUUUAUUUCCAACAGCCUCGUCGGCGGCCGAUCUCACAAACCCGAAUCCAGCGUUCAGGAUGAAGGUGAUUGCUGCCUAUUUACUAGCCGUUCUUGGUGGGAACACUAGCCCAACAGCUGAUGAUUUGAAGGAUAUCCUAGGAUCAGUGGGAGCUGAAGCUGAUGAUGACAAAAUUGAGCUCCUCUUAUCUGAAGUCGAGGGUAAAGACAUAACUGAACUUAUCGCUUCUGGGAGGGAGAAGUUUGCUUCAGUGCCCUCUGGUGGUGCCGCCAUUGCUGUUGCAGCCCCUGCUGCAGGUGGUGCUGCUGCAGCCCCAGCAGAUGAGCCAAAGAAAGAAGAGAAAGUGGAAGAGAAGGAAGAAUCAGAUGAGGACAUGGGCUUUAGUUUGUUCGAUUGAGUGGUACGGCUGUCACCUUGUAUAGCCUUCUUGGAAUUCUAAUUUGAGGUUGAUAUGCAAGACGUUAAGAUUUGUAUUAGAGACUGAAGUUUAGUACCUUGGUUCGUGCAACAGCAAGGCAUCAUGCUUCUAUAUUUUGUAUUUUAGGAGUUACAAAGUAGGUCAUGUACAGCAUGGCCUGGCAUUAAUUCUCUUGGGGUGCAUUAGUUAAUGAAUUCUGUAUGAACAUCUGUUUUUGUUCCCUUGGUUCUGGUAUGCAGUUAAUUUGUGCUUGUUUAGCACUUCUCUU